AUGGCCCCUCUUCGCGUUGGAAGUCUGGUUUUCCCGUAUCAAGCUCUUGAUACAGUCGGCCCUCUCGAUAUCUUGGGCUCUGGCAGCAAAGAAGUCGCGGGAUUCCUUAAGACUUACGGCCCUGUGGACCAAGUCGCCGCGAAGAAAGCGCCAGAAGUUGAAUUCCACCACAUCGGCCUCUCCAAAGAGCCAGUCCCCUUGACUGCCGGGUUUCUCGUCGUCCCAACAACUACCGUCGACGAAGCGCCUGAGCUGGAUAUCCUCCUCGUCGGAGGCCCGAACCCUGAAAGCUUUGCGUUGGACCCCAAGUACGCGCAGUAUAUCCGGCAGCAUGUCGCUUCCGGUAAGCUCCUCUUCACCAACUGCACGGGAGCUUUCGUGGCGGCUUCAGCUGGCGUGCUGGACGGCAAGCGGGCAACAAUCAACAAUGUCGAGUACGAGUGGGUCAAGAAGCGUUUCCCUGCAGUGAACUGGACCAAAGAGACGAAGUGGGUGGUUGAUGGCAAUAUCUGGACAGCUGCAGGUGCUGUCGCGGGCAUGGACAUGGUGGCACAUUGGCUCAAGGAGCAAUAUGGCCCGGAAGUCCAUCGGUUGUCUACUAUGGGACUCGAUUUUGAGCCCCGAGACACCUAUGGCGUACUCAAUGUCCUCCCCAAGCGAUAUGAUGUUGCUGGAAGACAGCUGCCCACACACGAGUUCUUCUAUUUCGACUCCUACUAG